ACAUUUUGUUUUGGUAGGUUUCGCAGUGCGCUCGUGUGCGUAGGUAAGAGUGAAUUGGCUAUAGAUUCGCUGGGCGCACACUUUGAUAGCGAAACAGUGGAAAUGUGAAAGGCAGAAAAUAAAUUCGCCUCAAUUGGGACGGACAUCUUUCGCUUAGACCAUUUUGAAAAAAUAAAACAUGGCUGGAAGAGGUGGUUUUGAUCACGCUAGAAACUUUGGAGACCGUCCGGGAAAGCAGUUGCCAACCGAACCUCCAUUCAUUGCUUAUGUCGGAAAUUUACCACAGGGGCUAGUACAAGGCGAUGUCAUGAAAAUUUUUCAAGACUUUGAAGUGAAAAAUGUACGCUUGGUUAAAGACCGGGAAACGGAUCAAUUCAAAGGAUUUUGUUAUGUGGAGUUCGAAACAUUGGAUAACCUGGAACGAGCAUUGGAAUGCGAUGGACGCAUCAAAUUGGACGACUUAUCUGCACCGUUAAGAAUUGACAUAGCUGAUCGCAGGAAAAAUGAACGGGGUGGAGCUGGAGGUGGUGGCGGUUUCAAUAAACGGGGCCCACCCAGGCAAGGUGGCGCUGCCGGAGGAGGUGGUGGUACCGGCAAUCAGCAAUAUAAUCGCGGUGGCGGUGGCGGCGGUGCCGGUGGUGGUAAUCGAGGGGAUAAUAGAGGUUCGUACAAUGAUAAUUAUGGUCACAACGAUAGAAAUCGCGGCGGAGGCAGCGGCAGCGGUGGUGGGGGUGGCAUGAAUAGAGGAUACAACGAUCGUCCAGCGAACCGUGGUCGGUAUGGUAAUUUUAACAAUGAUGAUCGCUUUGAGCGAAAUAAUGAUCGCGAUCGCAACAAUCGCGAAGGAAGCUUUGGAGCUCAAAGUCGAGAUGGCGGCAAUGAUCGCUACAACAAUUUCAGCCGUAAUAGAGGUGAACGCGAGCGUCCGCACUUCAAUCCCAGUCAUAAUGAUAGACCCGCACCGGCUCCUGCCCCAUUAGGCAGUAUAGAUGACAGCGAGAGGCCACGGCUAAAUUUGAAGCCUCGAACCAUUCAAGCGCCCAUCAAUGCGCUGGCAGAGACAAAGCAAGCGGCAGCGAUCUUUGGCAAUGCCAAACCGCGCGAGGAGAAAUUAAAGGAACUUCAACAAAGCGAUACUAAGGAGGAUGACGAUGUAGAAGAUUAAAGAGAGCGAGAACAAAGUCGUUUUGUCAUAUAAUUGCGAAAAAAGUAAAAGAAAAAAGCAGCAACCGAAAUAAACAGACAAAGAGUAAAACUUCAAAACAAAUUGCUACGAUUAGCGUUGAAAACAUUAUAUGAUAAUACGAUAUCAGCAGCAGCAACAACAACAAACGUAAACAUCAGAAAUAAAAUAAUUGAUUUUUUCUUAAGUGACAUCUUUUGCGAAAAUGGAAGUGAAAAUAAAAAGGAAAAAGUAUAUUUGAAAAAUAAAGCAGACAAGGAGAAAAAAGUGCGAAUUCAAAAAAAAAGCGAGCGAGAAGUAAUUGUGCAAAACGAGUAAAAAACUCUCAAACAUUAUACAUUAAAAAGAUUUUUUCUAAAAAAUAAGUUAAACGCGAAAAUAGAAGGAAAAGCAAAGCAAAUUUAUACCGCAGAGCAAGUACACGAAGCAAACGGGCGCGAGUGAAUUUAAGAAGGGUCUUGUUAAGCAAUUAGCUAGCAGGUCUAGUAAAGACUAGUGGGAAGCGAGGUGGGAUGUGGGUGGCGAUAGCGGACAUAACUGGACAUCGUACAACUUGUAACGGCGAACAUGCAGAUGUGUAUGACAAUGAAAAGACGUUGAUUUAAAAUCGAAAUUAUUUGGAAUUAAACAAAAAGAUAUUUUAAUAUAAAGGGGUGAAGUAACAAAAAAACUGACUAAUUUAAAACUUAAUUCAAAGCAAAUCGCAAAAAUAAACGAAUAAAUAAAAUCUAUGUUAAGAAUAUAUUUAAAAUAAACUUAUUGCAUAAUACAAUAUACAUACAUAUAUGAUAGAGUUCUAGACUACAGCAGACAUCUGAAAAGCGAAAGAGGAAAGCAAAAAGAAAUACGAAAGAGACAUUUGAGUAAAAUUCCAAAACCAAAAUUGAAUUAAAUUUGAGGUAGAAAAACCAGUUAAAUUAUUCAAUAAUCCCUUCCCUCCUAAAAUUAGAAGAGCAUAAAGGCAAAUAAAAUAAAAGUAAAGCGCUACACCCAUUAAGAAUAAAUACACACUCAUACAUAACGACAAGUUAUAUUAACUAUAUUUAAAUUUAAUAUAAUUGUAUGUAUUAAACUAAUGUAAUAUAAUUAUUUGCAUCAAAAAUACAUACACUAAUAAAUUCGAAAGCAUACAAGAACUGAGCGAUUUGAAACUAAAAAAAAAAAAUAUAUAAGUAAAUUAGAGGCGCAUUUCACGGCAAAGAGGAAUAAAGAAAACGAUUUGGUGCAGACAAGCAGCAGCAGCAGGUACAGGAGACACAACUUCGAAAACUAAAAAUUGAAACUAAAAGAAAAGA